AUAUCCUGGGCAACCUGGAUCACCUGGAAAACCAGGACAGCCGGGAUAUCCUGGCGAACCCGGAACACCAGGAAUACCUGGAAUACCUGGAACACCGGCACAACCUGGAUAUCCUGGGCAACCUGGAUCACCUGGAAAACCAGGACAGCCGGGAUAUCCUGGCGAACCCGGAACACCAGGAAUACCUGGAAUACCUGGAACACCGGCACAACCUGGAUAUCCUGGGCAACCUGGCCAGCCUGGAACACCCGGAAAACCAGGAACACCUGGAAUACCUGGAACUCCGCCACAACCUGGAUAUCCUGGUCAACCUGGAUUAGCCGGAAAACCAGGACAACCAGGAUAUCCUGGAAUACCUGGGAUGCCAGGAAUACCUGGUAUUCCUGGAAAACCUAGUAAACCUGAUAAACCUGGUAAACCUGGUAGACCAAUCAAACCGGGUCAUCAUGGUUAUCCUGGUACUUCGAAGCCAGGUCAACCCGAACAUCCGCCAUACCCAGGAUAUCCUCUCACACCUGAAGGUCCAUCUGGUGACAUAGGUCCUGAUGGUCCUAACGGUCCAUGGCCUAAUGGCUCUGACGGUCCUCAAGGUCCAGCCGGACCUGAAGGUCCAGGUGGUCCUGAAGGUCCAGGUGGUCCCGAAGGUCCAGUUGGUGGAGUAGGAGGAAUAGGUGGUGAUGGACCGCCUGGUCCUGAUGGCCCAUGGCCGACAGGAUCCCCUGGUCCGGAUGGACCAUGGCCUGGUGAUCCGGAUUAUGUUCCUGGUGUUGCUCCAACGACACGACCUCGAUAUGAAGGGCCAAUCAAAGUUCAAUAUCCUAUUAAAUACUACGAACCUACAACGCCAACGACUAUCGAUAAUCACCCAUUUUUUGGUCAGAAGCAAGUAGAUCGAUUAUCUAAGUACAAUUCGGAAUAUAUUAAUAACUACACUCUUAACGAAAAUUACGAAAAAAAUGUUGAGUCCACAGUGUUAGCGUAUCCAACAAAAAUAAGCAGCCCCUUCGGUUUAAAGGAUGCUCAGUUCAAAAAAGAUCAAUCAAGAACGCGUGGUUAUCAGUCAGGACAAGUGAAUCAGAACGCGGACGAAAUUAAUUCCUUGAUAUACACGCGACGAAAAGAAUCACGUAAAUAUAAAGAAGAGGAAGAGCAAAGUAAAUACGAGGAUGUUCAAAAAAUGAUAUCGCAAACUUCUCGGACCACUAGUGGCGUUAAAUACCCUAGUCGAGGAAGAUUCCAAGGUUCCCGCGAAAAUCGUAAAUAUCCCCAAGAAGUCACUAAAAUAAGUGAACCGGUUAUUCAAAUAGAGACAGAUCGCGAACAACAGGCCAAUGUAAAGCAUCAACCACCAAAUGGAAAUCAUAUCGCGUUCGCGAAACAGGUAAACCAAUUGUCCGAGCAAUCUAUCGAAUCAAAGCCCGAGCUCGCCGCGAUCGGCGUUCAUCCACCGAACACGAUCAACACCAAGCCCUACCAGCAAUCUAUAGGGCCAGAUCCACAAACCUGUCCCUGCUAUCUUGUCGAGCCGAGUAACAAUACAGCAACCAUCACGAGUACGACAUCCAUUCCCCUGAUUGGUCAGCUUGGCUUUAUUCCCGUGGUGUUCGUACCGUACUGUCCAGGCGACGAUGUGACGGACAGCACCCAAAACAUGAAAGACAUGUUCCCCUCCGCAAUGCCUGUCCCAUAUGCAUGCGACGCAUGCGAUUCUCAAAACGGGAGAGUCGAGACGAAGCUUGUCAGCCUAAAUCAGCUUGGCAAUAUAGAGAAUCUUCGCGAGGCGUUGAGGCAAGCGAAACUUGGCUUUUUAAAUGUUUCAGCACGCGGUCAAAUCGAAAGGAGAAGGGCAAAGCUACGGAACGUCAAAUGAAGAGUGCGAUUGCAACACACGGAUUGUAAAUCGUUACUCGAAAG